AUGCCGCAGCCUCUGUCCUGCACCCCUGGCUGGGCCCAGGGUCCCCCCAGCCCCACGGCUGCCUGCCCCGGGCGUCCCCCGGCACCCCCAGGACCCGUGGUCCCCUGCCGUCCCCUGGGACCCACGGCCCUGCCCCACGGCUCACCGGGACCCUCCACGCCCGUGCUCCCUCCAGCACCCACGGCUCGCGCCCCACUGGGACCUACGGCCCUGGGCACCCUGCAGACCCACAGCUCCCGCCCCAUGGGGACCCGCAGCUCCUGCCCCACCGAGACACAGGGUGCCGGCCCCACCGGCACCCGCAGCGCCAGGCACCCUGGGACCCACGGCUCCCCGUCCCACCGGCACCCGCAGCGCCAGGCACCCCGGGACCCACGGCUCCCUGUCCCACUGAGACCCACGGCUCCCACCCCACGGGGAUCACGGUCCGACCGGGCCCGGAUUCCCGUUCCACCGGGACGCAACGGCUGCUCCCACCCCACCGGCACCCACGGUACCGGGCACCCCCGCGACCCACGGUGCCGGGCACCCCCCGGGUACCCGCCCCACCGGCACCCACAGCUCCCGUUCCACCGGGACCGACAUCUCCCGCCCGGCGGGGACCCACGGCUCCUUCCCCAGGGGGGACCCCCGGGCGCCGCGCCGCGCCGCGCCGCGCGCGCCGUGCCCCGCUCCCGCCGGCGCGCCCCGUCCACCGGCGCCCGUUCCGCGCCGCCCGCGCGCCCCGGGCCGACUCACGCGCGCCGCCGCCCCGCCGCGCCGCCCGCCGCCCCGGCCCGGCGUGCCCGCAGGAAGCGGCGGGAGAGCCCCGGGGGCGGGGACUGCGGCCGCCCCGCCCGGACCGCCGGGCUGCUCCGGCAUCGCCACGGCCCCCGCCCGCUCCCGGACACGCUCCCGGACACGCUACCCGGGCGCGGUCCCGGUGCUGUCCUCGGGGUGGCCCUGGCAGGGCGGGCGGCCGGGCGCCUUGUGCCGCCGGCGCCGGGUUCCCGCUCAAAGGCAGGAUUGUUCGAGGCCGGCUGCCCCCCGGCGCGGCGUGCCCGGCAAGGCCCCCGGCACCAACGCCACGCGGCGUCACGGGGAGAGCGUAUGGCGUCGCCGGACCGGCGAGGCCGAGGGGUCGCCGCCGCCGCCCUCGCCGGCACGCCGACACGUGCCGUGCCGGCAGCGGCCCUGCGGCUGACGCCACCACGCGCAGUCCACGCAGCGGGCGGCUGCGUCUUGGCCGGGGAGGCGUGA